AUGCUCGCCAGCGUACUGCUGCCUUUCGUUGCAGAGAUCAUCAAUAAUAACAAUAACUCCUUCGUCGGUGUUUCGAUCCAGUAUCGACUCGGUGCGUUCGAUUUCUUAACAUCAGACGAGGGAUACCGCAACGGCGUCGUCAAUGCUGGACUCCUCGACCAACACUUUGCACUGCAGUGGGUUCAGUCCUACAUUUCGCUCUUCGGAGGAAAUGCAUCUCUAGUGACGGUCAGUGGUGAGACCGCCGGAGGCGGCAUUGCCGCGUCCCCAUACCUUCCCAUGCAGUUUGGCUACAAGGACUGGGUUCCGUCACAAUCCUACCAUGCAUUUGCUACGAAAGCUGGGUGUCCUCCCGGUUUACCAUAUGGCGCCCAUCCACAGACGAUCUUUGCAUGUCUCAUUGAGAAGGAUACUGAUGCUCUGAUCAAUGCAAGUGCUGAAAUCUCCCAAUCGGGCACAUUCGGCACAUGGGCGUUCUUGCCCGCGUGA